CUCUCUUCCUCCCUCUCUCUCCCUCUUUUCUUGAAGCAGGCCCGGCACCCCAUUGUUCACCGCCACGAGCAGCGACGACGAGCCCCCACGGUGCGUGUUCGGUCAAUCGGUGCGUCUCCUUCAGGCCGCAGCCCACGAGUUUGCUGUUGUAAAAGCCCGCCUAACACCGCGCGACGCCGAGGUGGUCAAACUGCGGCCGGUGUCAGAUCGGAGUCGAAGUGGCAUCAUCAAUGGGAAGUAGUAAUGAAGACAAACUUCGAUUUUGUAUUGAUAGAGGUGGCACAUUCACUGAUGUCUACGCUGAAAUUCCUGGUCUUCCAGAUGGUAAAGUUAUAAAACUUUUAUCGGUUGAUCCAUCGAAUUAUGAUGAUGCUCCAGUUGAAGGAAUUCGGAGGAUUCUUGAAGAAUAUGGUGGGAAGAAAAUUCCAAGGACGUCAAAGAUCCCCACUCAAAACAUUGAGUGGAUACGGAUGGGAACAACUGUGGCAACUAAUGCACUUCUAGAGAGAAGGGGAGAAAGGAUUGCUCUUUGUGUUACUAAAGGUUUUAGAGAUUUGCUUCAAAUUGGCAACCAGGCCCGCCCAAACAUAUUUGACCUAACUGUCUCAAAACCAUCAAAUCUUUAUGAGGAUGUCAUAGAAGUAGAUGAGCGAGUCGAACUUGUUCAUGGCAAGGGGGAUGAUAAUCAAGAUUCUUCUACUUCAUAUGUGAAAGGAGUUUCUGGUGAGCUUAUUCACAUUGUGAAGACUCUCAAUGAAGAAGCUUUGAAGCCAUUACUGAAGGAUCUCCUGCAAAGGGGCAUCAGCUGUUUGGCAGUUGUCUUAAUGCAUUCAUACACUUACCCACAACAUGAAUUGGCUCUGGAGAAAUUAGCUCGGAGUAUGGGCUUUAAACAUGUUUCUUUGUCCUCAGCUUUGACCCCUAUGGUUCGAGCUGUUCCGCGUGGCCUUACAGCCAGUGUGGAUGCAUACUUGACUCCAGUCAUCAAAGAGUACUUAUCUGGAUUCAUGUCCAAAUUUGAUGAGAGCAGUGGGAAGGUGAAUGUGCUAUUUAUGCAAUCAGAUGGAGGACUUGCACCAGAAAAUAGGUUUUCAGGCCACAAGGCAGUUUUAUCUGGUCCUGCUGGUGGAGUUGUUGGUUACUCGCAAACACUUUUUGAUCUUGAGACCAGGAAGCCUCUCAUUGGGUUUGACAUGGGUGGUACAUCAACUGAUGUCAGCCGAUAUGCUGGAAGUUAUGAACAGGUCCUUGAAACCCAGAUUGCUGGUGCAAUAAUUCAAGCUCCUCAACUCGACAUCAACACUGUGGCAGCUGGUGGUGGCUCAAAAUUGAAAUUUCAAUUUGGAGCUUUCCGGGUUGGACCAGAAUCAGUAGGUGCACACCCUGGUCCGGUUUGUUACAGAAAAGGAGGUGAGCUGGCUGUUACUGAUGCAAAUCUGGUUUUAGGUUUUGUUAUCCCUGAUUUUUUCCCAUCCAUAUUUGGUCCCAACGAGGAUCAGCCUCUAGAUAUCGAAGCCACUAGAGGAGAGUUUGAGAAGCUUGCAACUGAAAUUAACUCUUACAGAAAAAUUCAGGAUCCAUCCUCAAAGCCUAUGACAAUAGAGGAGAUUGCUCUUGGUUUUGUAAAUGUUGCAAAUGAAACUAUGUGCCGCCCAAUCCGACAAUUGACUGAGAUGAAGGGCCAUGAGACAAAAAACCAUGCUCUUGCUUGCUUUGGUGGUGCUGGACCUCAACAUGCAUGUGCCAUUGCCAGGCUAUUAGGUAUGAAAGAGAUAUUUAUUCAUAGAUUUUGUGGGAUCUUAAGUGCUUAUGGUAUGGGACUGGCGGAUGUUGUUGAAGAAGAGCAGGAGCCAUACUCGGCCGUGUAUUGUUCGGAGUCUAUCCAGGAAGUCACUCGAAGAGAGGCAAGUUUACUUAAGCAAGUAAAGCAAAAGCUGCAGGGACAAGGAUUCAGCGAGGGAAGCAUUAAAACUGAAACAUAUUUGAAUCUGAGAUAUGAAGGUACAGACACUGCCAUCAUGGUAAGGAGCCAAAAAGUGGAUGAUGGAGUAGGAUUCGACUUUGCAGCUGUGUUUGAGAAGCUUUUCCAGCAAGAGUAUGGAUUUAAAUUGCAGAAUAAGAAUAUUCUCAUAUGUGAUAUAAGAGUUCGUGGUAUAGGAGUCACAAAUGUACUGAAGCCACGAGCUUUUGAAGGACUUGCAGGUGACCCUAAAAUUGAAGGCCACUACAGGGUCUACUUUGGAAAUGGAUGGCAGGAUACGCCUUUGUUCAAGCUUGACAAUCUUGGAUUUGGUCAUGUCAUCUCAGGGCCUGCUAUCAUUAUGAAUGGAAAUAGUACCGUGAUCGUCGAGCCUAGCUGCAAAGCUACUAUAACCAAAUUUGGAAACAUCAAAAUUGAAAUAGAUUCCGCCUUUUGCACGGAAAAAGUAUCAGAAAAGGUUGCAGAUGUCGUCCAACUAUCGAUCUUCAACCACCGGUUUAUGGGUAUAGCUGAACAGAUGGGAAGGACACUACAGAGAACUUCUAUAUCAACAAACAUCAAGGAACGUCUGGAUUUCUCUUGUGCCCUCUUUGGUCCUGAUGGAGGAUUAGUUGCCAAUGCUCCCCAUGUACCUGUCCACCUAGGAGCAAUGUCCAGUACCGUUCGGUGGCAAAUCGAGUACUGGGGCGACAAUUUGAACGAGGGAGAUGUAUUGGUCACCAAUCACCCAUGUGCUGGAGGUAGCCAUCUUCCUGAUAUAACAGUCAUCACGCCCGUGUUUGAUAAUGGAAAAUUGAUUUUUUUCGUCGCAAGUAGAGGGCACCAUGCCGAGAUUGGGGGCAUAACUCCUGGAAGCAUGCCACCAUUUUCAAAAUCCAUCUGGGAAGAAGGAGCUGCAAUAAAAGCAUUCAAGCUUGUCGAAAAGGGAAUUUUUCAAGAAGAAGGCAUUAUCAAGCUCCUGCAGUUCCCUAAUUCUGAUGAAGGUGUCAUCCCAGGAACUCGUAGACUCCAUGAUAAUUUAUCUGAUCUUCAUGCACAAGUUGCUGCAAAUCACAGAGGGAUUUCACUAAUCAAAGAGCUUAUUGCACAAUAUGGUUUAAAUACUGUUCAGGCUUAUAUGACAUACGUACAGCUUAAUGCAGAAGGGGCAGUAAGAGAAAUGCUGAAAUCUGUGGCCUCCAGAGUUUCAUCUAAUUCAACUGGAUCUGCGGAGGGAAGCUCCAUUACAAUCGAAGAAGAGGAUUACAUGGAUGAUGGUUCUGUAAUUCACUUGAAACUCACGAUUGAUCCUCGUAAAGGUGAAGCCAAUUUCGAUUUUAGUGGGACGAGUCCCGAAGUAUAUGGCAAUUGGAAUGCCCCGGAAGCAGUAACAGCAGCAGCGGUUAUAUACUGCCUUCGCUGCAUGGUCGAUGUCGAUAUUCCUCUCAACCAGGGCUGCUUGGCUCCGGUCAAGAUAUACAUUCCACCAGGCUCGUUCCUUUCCCCAAGCGAGAAGGCUGCCAUUGUAGGAGGAAAUGUUCUUACUUCUCAGCGGAUAACCGAUGUCAUACUCACAGCAUUUCAGGCAUGUGCCUGUUCCCAAGGUUGUAUGAACAAUCUUACUUUUGGUGACUCCACAUUUGGAUACUACGAAACAAUUGGCGGGGGAAGUGGAGCUGGUCCUUCUUGGCAUGGAACUAGUGGAGUUCAAUGCCAUAUGACUAAUACUCGAAUGACCGAUCCCGAGAUAUUCGAGCAGCGAUAUCCUGUUCUUUUACAUACAUUUGCACUCAGAGAGAACAGUGGAGGAAGUGGAGUCUACAAAGGGGGUGACGGGCUCGUUAGGGAGAUCGAGUUCAAGCAACCAGUGGUGGUGAGUAUUCUUUCGGAGAGACGUGUCCAUGCGCCGAGAGGUUUGAACGGAGGAAAAGACGGUGCUUGUGGGGCUAAUUUUCUGGUAAAAAAGGAUAAAAGAAGAGUCUAUCUCGGUGGCAAGAAUACUGUAACUGUGAAAGCUGGGGAGAUUCUUCAGAUUUUAACCCCUGGUGGUGGAGGAUGGGGCUGCCCUUAGUGGUUCUAGGCAGCGGAGCCAUAUGUUGCUCUCGAGGAUAUUUGGAUGAAAA